GCCCAACAACUAUAGAGAGAGACUUAGGGCUUCGUUUUUUUUUUUUUCAAUCUUCCCCUUCUCUUCAGAAAUCGAUUUUCUUCGUCUUCCAAGCUUCGAUAAUUGCAAACUAUGGCGGAUCAGAGCUCUAAGCCGUUGCAGUUUUUCGUGAGGCUUCUUGAGGGAAAAUCGAUAACCUUAACUUUCUCCUCUCCAUUAGCGUAUGGUGACCAGAUCAAGCAGCGGAUCUUCGAGCAGACGAAGAUUCCGACGCAUCUACAGCGCUUAAUAUGCGGAGGCUAUCAGAUCUCCGAUAGAUCCGCGGUUUCGCAGCCUGACGCCACCGUGAAUCUUGUCCUUUCCCUCCGUGGAGGUAAGGGAGGGUUCGGGUCGCUACUUCGUGGAGCGGCGACCAAGGCUGGGCAGAAGAAGACCAACAACUUCGAUGCGUGUAGGGAUAUGAGUGGGCGGAGGUUGAGGCAUGUAAACGCGGAGAAGAGGCUGGAGGAGUGGAAGGAAGGGGAAGAGGAGAGGAAGCUUGAGAAAUUGGCGCAUGAGUUUCUGAAGAAGCAGGCGAAAAAAGUUAAACAAGGUGUUGGCAAUGGAGCUACGCAGAAAUACGUGAAGAAGUAUAGGGAAGAUUCUGAUAAGUGCAUCAAGGCGGUGGAUUUGGCCUUGAAAGAAUCUUUCCAGAAUGGGAAGAGGAAGGGGAAGAUGGACGCAGAAUCUGUAAAGUCGAAGCGACUCAAGAUAUGGAAGGGAAAGAGAGCUGUUGAGGAUAGUGACAGUGAUGAUAGCAGCGAGGAGGAAGACGAGAAAUCUGUUGUUCUAAACAGUAGUAGCCAAGUUGUUUCAGAUAAGGAUACUGAUGAAAGCUCAGGCUCCGUUAUGGCUGGAGCACAUUAUGGUGAUAGUUCUGGUAAAGCGUCCUGCAAUAGCGGUUCAGAGGAAGAGAAAGACAGUGCAGUGCACCAAAGUUCAGAUGUAAUUAAGGGAGAGAUCACAGGUGUUCAAGGGAUUAACGAAGAGAAGAUGGAUGAUUCGCCUGCUGCUGUUGUUGAUGAGAUGGGUCGAACUGAAAAAGAGGAGAAUUCAAGUGGAGAUGCAGAAAAGAACCUGGUCGAGGCAGCUUGUGAACCACUAAUUACGUCCAGUGUAGCUGUCGAUAAGCAAGAGAAUGAUUCUGAAGUAACGACAGGAGUUGUUGCGGGAGAAACAGUGUCUGUUGUUGAUGCAGUGUGUUGCAAAUCCAUGGAACCGCUUAACUUUGAUGACUUUAAUUCAGCAACAGAUAUGGAGGUAAUGGGGAUGGAGAGAUUGAAGAGUGAGCUGCAGUCACGUGGACUGAAAUGCGGAGGGACAUUGCAAGAGCGAGCUGCGAGGCUGUUCCUACUUAAAACAACACCACUCGACAAGCUCCCAAAGAAACUGCUGGCCAAGAAAUGAACCAUGUUCAAACCUUUUCGAAAUUGACUCUGCUUGUUGUAUUAUUAUGGAAUUAGAAUAACACAAACCCCCACUUGUGUAAUACUAAUAAUAUCAGUUCUAAGCUGCUUCAACUAA